CCUCAUCAGUGAUGGUCGGAUGUUCAGCUGGGCUCUCAUAGGACACAAAAAUCCAGAACAUGUACCAGAAAAUGCCGAAGCACCCUGCACAUCACACACAGGUGUCAGGUGCGAAGCAGAGCUCUCCUUCACCUUGGAGCCCAGUGACAUCAUCGCUGUACAGGAGCAGCCUCUCAUGCUCCACUGUCAGGUGGAUGGCAUCCCCCCUAUCUCAAUUCAGUGGAGGCAGAACAGCCUGCUUUUAACUCAGGAUCAGCAUCACAAAACCUUCAUCAACGGCUCACUCCUAAUCGGUCACUUCCUGAAGACCAGAUCUGACGGCUCGACUGAUGAGGGAGACUAUGAGUGUGUGGCUCAGAAUUCUUUCGGGCUGGUGGUGAGCCGCAAGGCCCGAAUUCAGGCAGCAACCAUGGCAGACUUCCAUGUCCAACCAGAGUCAGUGCAUGCUGAGGAGUCUGGGGUGGCCAGAUUCCAGUGCCAAAUCCACGGUCUGCCAGAGCCCAUCAUCAGCUGGGAGAAAGACAAGCAGCCAGUGGACACCAAGGACGAGAGGUACACUCUCCUGCCUACAGGUGUUCUGCAGAUUACAGGUGUGCGUGAGGAGGACAGUGGAAAGUUCUGCUGUGUGGCUCAUAACAGUGCAGGAGUGAAACACAGCACCGAGGCACUCCUUACAGUUUCAGGCUCCCAGUCAUCUGUUUACAAAGAACCCAUGAUCCUGGUCGGUCCUGAAAACCUCACCCUCACUGUUCACCAAACAGCCAUCUUGGAGUGCGUCGCCACCGGGUACCCUCGGCCCAUCGUUUCAUGGAGCAGAUUAGAUGGCCGACCGAUCGGUGUGGAGGGAAUCCAGGUGCUCGGCACAGGGAACCUGAUGAUCUCAGAUGUUGGUGUACAGCACUCGGGGGUUUACGUGUGUGCUGCCAACAAACCAGGCACUCGUGUUCGCAGGACAGCUCAGGGACGUCUUGUGGUCCAAGCUCCUGCAGAGUUUGUUCAGGCUCCACAGUCCAUUGCUCGGCCCGUCGGCACCACCGCCAUCUUCACCUGCCAGGCCCAGGGUGAGCCUGAGCCUCAGCUCACCUGGCUAAAGAACGGGCAGAUUCUGGAGCCUGGGGGACAUGUCAAACUCAGGAACAAUAACAGCACACUGACGAUAUACGGUAUCAGCCAGGAAGAUGAGGCGAUCUACCAGUGUAUCGCAGAGAACAGCGCCGGCUCCACACAGGCCAGUGCCCGUCUGACAGUGCUGUGGGCUGACGGUCUGCCCGGUGUGCCCACUAAUGUGCAGGCCGAGGCCCUCUCACCUACAACCAUCCUGGUGUCGUGGAAGGAGCCCGAGCAAAACACUCAGGACAUCAUCGGCUACGUGCUUCACAUCCGCAGGACCUCAGACCCUGUGGAGAUGGAGUAUGAGGAGGCUGUCAGCAAGGUGACGCUGCAGCAGAUCAUCAGGGACCUGGAGCCCUCCACCAGCUACACUUUCUACGUCAAGGCCUACACAUCCCAUGGGGCCAGCAAACCAUCGGACAGUGCAACAGAGAGCACUCAUGGGGAGGUCCCAGCACCUCCUUCCCUCUACACCAAGAUAGUGAAUGGCAGUGUUGUACAAGCGGCGUGGGAACCUUCCUCCAAGAUGGGACAACAUCAAGGCUUCAGACUGUUUUACAGACGAGCUCACACUCCUGUGUUCAUCGGUCCCAUCGACUUCCCUCGCAACGUCACCCAGUACAACAUCACCCAGCUCGAUCCUUCCCUGGUCUAUGAAAUAAAACUGAUUGCAUAUAACCAACAUGGAGACGGCAAUGCCACCAUGAGAUUUGUUUCUCUUCGGGAGGCUGUGGAGAAAUCUGUGUUGGAUGUCCCGUGCGACUGUGCGAAAGACGAACACAGUAAAACUUCCACAACUGGCAUCAUCAUCGGUAUUCACAUUGGAGUCACUUGCAUCAUCUUCUGCGUGCUCUUCCUCGCCUUCAGCUAUCGUGGCAGGUUAAUGAUGUGUAAGACGGUUCAGGCAACCCCUCAGGCGGGACACAGCACCGUGCUGGAGUCCUCUUCCUCUUCCCAGGGAGCCGUUGGGCUGAAUGGGGCUGCCAGGAGAGAGAUGGAGGUCAACGGCAGCUCAGCAGGGAAGAAAGUGGUCGACAGCAACGAGUUGGAGAGGCUUUUCACUCAACCAAACACACGAGACACAUGCAUGUCUGACUCCUACGCACUGAACGACACCCAGCUGUCGACGAUACCGCUGGACGAGUUUGCAGUGGAGCGGGAGACGCAGAUUCAGGAGACUCCUGCAGCAGGAGCGAGUCGGCAGGACCAUGGCUGAUCACAUAUGAAGGCCAACACACAUGACACUGUCCACAGUGUCCACUUAGACUCUACUCUCACUCAGGUUGACAAGUUUUCCUUUCAAAGUAGUUUUUCUUUUGUGCAAAGAUUUUUUUAUUGGUAAGUUAAGAAUAUCUAGAGGCUCUAGGGCUGUAUAUCAGAGUGUGUUUUUUUUUCUUUUUGGCAAGGGGUUUCAAAGAGCUCUCCUCUGAUUGGACAGCAAUUUGGAGCCACACAGGCCAGUUUUAUGUUCUUUAUUUGUACAAUUUGGUUUAAUUUUCUGGUGUUGGGCAGCACACAGAAUAGAGGCCCCAGAAUGUCCUUGUUAUACAAUGAUGAUUUUAUUUUUAAGUUUAUAAAUAUAUAUACAUAUAUAUCUUUAUUACCUAUAUGUCAAAGUGGAUUUAAGUUAUUGGUCUUAUCUCUACAUUUCUGUGGAUGUCAAAGACUCCUGCUGCCUGCUCUCACCUACCAAUGAUUCCACCUUCUCGCUCACAGAAGACCUCAGCCUUCGUCCAGGGAUUGGAUAUAUUCUGUCUCAGGACAUUGUUUCAGUGAUAUCAACAAUUUUUAAUGAUUUCUCGGCCUUCAUACAGGCAUUAGCCUUGGCUGUGUGAACCUAACGACUCAACAAAAACCUACCUCAGCCGGAAUGAAUGUGUUGCGGGAAGCUUUAGGGACAUAACCUUCCCCAGUUCUCACAAUUUUACUUUACAUGCGGAGGAACUGAAGAAUUACAAGAUCAGGUGCCGCACUACCUCAGAUGUCAAAAAAUCGUCCCUCGUUCUCUUGCUUGUCAGAGCAAAACAAAAAAAAACAAGUAAAAAAAAAACAAAAAGAAAAAAAAGAAAAAUGAGUAUCCAACAUAAAGCACUUCCAAAUGCUGAAGUUAUUGUUCUACCUCAAGAUAACAAAGUUAAUGUUGUCGCUGUUGUUGUUGUUGUUUGUCUGUUUAUUGCAUAAUGAGAAACCCUUAUUUUCUCCCUCUGUGAUAUCCUGGCUUCCUGCCGUUAAAGAAAAUGUUUUUUGUAGAUACAAUAACAUUACCUCAUGCAAGAUGACAGACUAAUAACACUGUUGUAUGAAUUACAGUAUAUUGCAAAUAUCUUUGAGUUAUGCUGUUCCAUUAUAAGCUUUCUGCAUAAUAUGUCACUCAAAUGAUCUUUUCUUUCAUAGUUGAGUUGAGUGAAGACUAUUGGAAAUACACUGCAUUGCUAAAGACA